GAGAGGAGGUUGGGGAAAAAAACAGAGGGGAAGAGUGUGGAGUGUGGAAAAGUGAGUGCAGAGGAGGUAGCAGAGCAGCAGUUGUUUUUGCAUUUCUGGGUUUUGUAAUUGUAGAAAGACAGUAGAGAAAGCCUGCAAGAGAAUCAAAGAACCAAACAUGGCAAAGCUUAGGAAGAGACAAUCCUCAUAGAUUCACCUUUCUUUUUCAGUUUUUCUCCUUCUCUCUCUCUCUCUCUCUCUCUCUCUCUCUCUCUCUCUCUCUCUCUCUCUCAGUAACACUUUUCUCUGUCACACAAUUCCAUCUGGUUAAAUAUACCAUCCCUACUUUUUCCAACUCUACAACCACCCCACUCACAGAACAGAGAGGGAGAGAGAGAGAGAGAGAGUUAGUUGAAAAGGAGAGUCUUUAAGAGCUGAGAUGACAGUUGCAACAUGGAAACCUAGUUAAUCUCAAAAAAGGGUUCAGAGAGAAAAAAGAGAGCUUGCUAGAGCUCAGUUAAUAUCAGAAAAAGGUUGUGUUCUUGUGCCAUUGGUGGGUUUUCUGAGCUUCCCUCUUGUUGUUCAUGGAGUUGAAGAGACUGCACAGACUAAGGCUUAUGAUCAGCAAGCCCUGUCUUUUCUUCUUACUCUCAAUUUCUGCCCUAUUCACCACCAUCAGCUCAAAUACAUGUCCAGAUAGCAGGUGUGCCUUGAAAGCCAAAGAUGGUACAUAUUUUCAGGAAUUUGGGAAGCAAAGUGGCAAUUAUAUGGAGGGGAGGAUCGAUAUGAGGGAGCAGAGGCUGAACAUUCCGUUGAGCAUGGCAAGGAGGUACUUGAGUGGACCUGGAUCGUCGCCGCCUCGGUGCACAUCCAAGUGUGGCAGGUGCACCCCGUGCAAGCCUGUUCACGUGCCGGUGCCGCCUGGGACGCCGGUGACGACAGAGUAUUACCCGGAGGCUUGGAGGUGCAAAUGUGGCAACAGGCUGUACAUGCCAUGAAAAUAUAUGAAUAAUGAUCAUAUAUCAUGAUUCAUGCUUCAUGAUAUUAUUUUGUUUGCGUUACAACUAAAGUAUCUACUUUCUAUCCUGAUCAUGCUUAUUGUUAAUCAAAAAAGGAAUAUUUAUAGGACUUCAAUUUGUGUAGAAAAAUAUAUAUACGUUAACAAUUUGACCGAGUA